UAGAUCGUACACAUUUGAAAAAGAUUCAAAUUAAAAGUAAUAUUUUUUUUAGAAAAAGAUUAUUAAACGCGAGCAGCAAACGGUUAAAAAAGAACGCUUGUAUUCAUAUUUGAGUUCAAAAUUUUGAAAGUCCUGUGACUUUUGCUUACACAACAAGAGGAUAAUUAAGCAACAGAUAAAGUAAAGUGGUUUUUUAUACAAAAAAAAGUGUGAGUGUUGUGCUGGUGUUGUAUGUAUGUUGUAUGACCCUAUCAUAGUUAUUUGCGUGACUUAAUUUCCAUAAUAUUAACAUUUUAUGCUGUAGCCAACAAGCGACAACUUGCUAAGGUGCUAGGUCAGCAAAAUCUAACAACUACAUACAACAAUAAAGUGGUAAAAGAGAAAAACCAAAAAAAGAAAACAAAGAAAAGCAGCAAAAAACAAAAAUGAACAAACUAAAAAAAAAACUAUUAAAACUAUCUAAAUAACUAAUAAUAAAGAGUCAAGCGUUAGGUCAGUCAGUAAGUAAGUCAGUCCAUAGCUAAACGUGUGCCACAGUAAAUAAAAAUCAUUGUCCUUAUUCCAAAUUAUCCUACAGUUCAGGCAUCCAAAACAACAAAACCAAACAACCCCCACUAAUAGUAAUAAUUGUGGUUAACUUCGUUUUAGAAUCUAAGUGAAGUUUUUUUUUUUGCUGAGCCUAAGCACUAGUAGUUGCCCAUGGUGUUGGUGUUGUUGUUGUAGUUGUUGCUGGUGGUUUCCACCUGCUUUUUUGUUGUUGUUGUUGUUGUUGCUGCAUUAGAAAAAUUACCAACAACAACAACAACAGUAACUAAAACUUUAUAAUACAACAAACAAAUAAACAAUACUUUGGUGCUUUUUCAGAAGAACAGACGACGACUGUGUUUUUGCUCUAGCCGCCAAGGAAAUGUCUCGUCAGUCGCGUCUACAGAGUUUUAACGAAAACAGCUAUUCAUGAUUGUCGUAAAUACUAUAAACAAAUAUACAAACAAAUUCAGAAACGAAAAAAACGUCUUCUAGUCCAAAAAAACAGUAUAAACGCGUCCUACGAAGAAACUUUUUUUACAUAAAAAAACAGAAACUUACAACAAAAAAAAUAUUUUUAAAAAUAUAAAACAAAACAAGAACAACAACCCUAACUCUAAGAAAAACAUUUCGUUUAAAUUUAAAUUUAAUUUACAACAAAAAAAUCAUUUUUAAUUUAAAGUAGAAAAAAGAAAAUGCUAAACCAAUAGUGCCUUUUAAAAAACCACAAAAUAAAUUUUCAAGGUGUUCCCAAGAAAAACUUAUACAAAACAUAAAAAAAAUUAAACCUGUUGUUGGGUCUUAUUAUAAAAACAUAAAUAGCAAAAAAAGAGUUUUUUUUUUAAAUUGACCCAUAUUCUUUUAACACAAAAUUGCAGACAAAACUAUAAUUAAUACAUAUGGAUUCACAAAACUGAUGUUUAUCAACUUAUUUGAAUUAAAUGCUGCAGAUGAUGAGGUCUAAACUUUUACCCAGAAAAUUAAAUCAAUGCAGCACAGUUGACGACUACGAAUUCGGUGGUGCAUUCAAACAAUAUCCCAAUAAUUUGGCCUCACCCGAUUCUACAAAUACUUUACUACGAUUAACUACAAAUACCAAUAACGAUAUUAACAGUUAUCAUCAUAAUACACAUCAUCAACAACAACAGCAGCAGCAACAACAGCAACACCAUCAUCAUUCUCGUCUUAACGGUUAUAGUCAAAGUAAUUCACCAAAUCGUUCAUUGGGCGGUCUUAUUGAUUCUACAACAUUUACGAAUACCUUAGCUCAUCCACCAGCCCAUAUGGAACAUUUAUUUAGUAGUAAACUACAAGCUGAAAGGCUUCUACUCGAACUGACAAGUUUUCAAGAGUCUAUCUGUGAUUUAAAGCCAAAUGAGAAUGGUAUUGCUUCGGGAGGUAGUGCUGCCAGUGGUGUUAUAGCUAAACAACAUUUAAGAAGAGGCACACGUUUUGGUCCAUUUGCCAUGACGGAGACGACAGAGAAAUCUAAUGCUUGGGAUAUCUUACCCAUCUCUCAUAUACGCAGCCUAUUAGAACCCUCACCUGAAGUUAAGCUGUUAUUAAAGAAAAUUCGCAUUUCUAACAAUUUGGAAGGUGAAAAAGAGGCUAAUUUUAAUAAUUUUUAUGUGGCGGGUUGUCUUUGGUAUGAAUCAAAUCGUGAUAUAGAAGCGGGUGAAGAAAUAAUAAUCGAUGGUCGACCGAAAACUCUUUAUGAUCAACAUGAUUUAUUGGCAAAUGGUGAAAUGCAUAAUGGUUCCUCAAUACAUAGCAGUGAUGAUAGAAGUGAACGUGAUAAUGCCUCAUUUUAUGGUUCGAAUCUAAAUCGUGAAGAGGAUUAUAAAAACAAAGACAAAUCAUCGGAUCAAAUAAAAAGUGAACUAAGUGAUGAUGAAAACGGUUUUGAUAUACGCUGUGAAGUUUGCGAUAAAGUGUUUACAGAACUAGAAGGACUUGACGAUCAUUUGGUGGGAGCUCAUCAUUUUCGUAAAGACGAAUUUUUCUGUGAAUUGUGUUCACAAAGAUUCUGUCAUCGGCCUUUACUGUUAAAACAUAGAGCUUUGCAACACAACGAAAUAAGAAAAUAUCCCUGUGAAAAUUGUACCAAGGUAUUUUGUGAUCCAUCGAAUUUACAGCGACAUAUUCGUAACCACCACAUUGGAGCCAGAAGUCACGCUUGCCCUGAGUGCGGUAAAACAUUUGCUACCUCAUCAGGUCUUAAGCAGCACACGCACAUACACUCCUCCGUUAAACCGUUUCAGUGUGAGGUGUGUUUCAAAGCCUACACACAGUUCUCGAAUUUGUGCCGACACAGGCGCAUGCAUGCCGAUUGUCGCAUGCAGAUAAAGUGUAGCAAGUGUGGUCAAAGUUUUAGUACGGUCACUUCAUUGUCGAAACAUAAAAGAUUUUGUGAUUCUACCAACGUACCACCGGCGGGUGUUGGUUUACCACCCAGUUUACAGCAUUCUUUGCAUCAUCAAGCUCAGCCUCAGACGCCCGCACAAAGUAGAUCCGCUGCAACGGUGAACGGUGCUUUAAGCAACAAUAUGACUACACCACCGAAUCCCUUUUUAUUUUGGCGUUCCACCUUCUUUCCGGCAUUUCCUCCGGCCGCUGCUGCUUUUGGUCUACAGGGUAUGUUUCCUCAGGCGCCCGCUGCCACUCAAACUUCCAAUUUUUCACCCAUGUUCUCAAAACCAACUGUAGACUUUAAGCUACAACAGAUUAGAACCCAACCUCCGGUUAAUACCCUCAAUCAUAAUAACAAUCAUAAAGUCAACACACUGCCUCUAAAUUCUCCCAAAGAGGAUUUGCCGGUAACAGCUAAUCAGGAAGCAUUUGGUUUGUACUUUAACAAAUUUGAACUGGAGCAACAGAAAGUUAAGCUGGAAAUGGAACAAAAAGUUAAACGUGAAAGAAACUCGGCAGAUAGUUAUCAAAGAAAUAACAAGAGAAAUGAUACACAGCGUUAUAACUCCGAUGAUGAGUCUUUGGAAACCAAGGAAAGAACUAUUAAACAUGAAACGAAAAAAGACACAGAGUUGAAAUUGAAAAAAGAAGAAGAUGAGGAGGCUGGUUUAAAGAUAAAUGAUGAUGAUAAGAAAUCCAUUGAUAUUGUCUCGGUUUCACCGCAUCAUGAGGCGGAAGCAAAAAGCUCUUAUACAGAACUGCCUUUGGAUUUAAGUGUUUCACGCAAAAGAAGCAGUAUUGAUUCAAAUUUUAGUCAACAAUCGUCGGAACAAAAGUCUACACGUGAUAAUGAACACAACUCCAGUUUAAAUAUAAGAGAAAUCAGUCCUAUUGCCCAUGAGGAACUAAGCAAUACCGAUAGUUAUGAGCAGGUGGCAAAAAAACCGCGAAUUUUUAAUUCCUCAGUUAAUAGCAGUCGUACACCAACCGCCUCACCAGGACCCACACCUUCACCCUCACCACCCUGUAAUGUCAGCAGCACUGCAGGAACACAUGAAAAUAAUUCAGCCUCCUCUCUGCCCACUUGUCCCCGACCCCUACAUCCCAUGCUACUCGAUGAAAUCUAUCGCACACAUGCAUUGGAAUCCACUUUUCCACGUCCGUUCCCUUUUUUAGGACUAAUGGGCGAACGGUCAUCACUCGAGGCCAAUGCAUUACGCGCUAGAGAAGAACAAUUUGUAGCAGAACCCAUGUUUCAUGAGGCCUUGAGAGGUCUGUCGGCGGGUGCUCUACAAGUGGCUCAAUCGGGUAAACUAAAAGAUCGUUAUACUUGCAAAUUUUGUGGCAAAGUUUUUCCCCGAUCUGCCAAUCUAACGAGGCACUUAAGAACCCAUACCGGUGAACAGCCAUAUACCUGUAAAUAUUGUGAUCGUGCUUUUAGCAUUUCCUCUAAUCUACAAAGACAUGUACGCAAUAUACACAAUAAGGAAAGACCUUUCAGAUGUCAUUUAUGUGAUCGUUGCUUUGGUCAACAAACUAAUUUGGAUAGACAUCUCAAGAAACAUGAAUCGGAUACUACAGGUUUGGGUUUAGCCAUCAGCGAUUCACCCAGUUCGAAUGAGGCCGAUCGUGAGGAUUCCUAUUUCGAUGAAAUACGUAAUUUCAUGGAUCGUGUUACCUACAAUGAGGAUUUGUAUACACCCUCUAGUAUAGGCAAUGCCGAGAAUGAUACCGACUAUAAUAACAGCGAUAAUGAACUAUCGGUUUCUAGACCCUCAUCGGCUGAUUUAACUAAUGAACAGCAUAAAGUUUCAGAGGCUAAUGAAAUCUUAGAGGAUGAUUAAUAAAUUUAUAUUUAAACAACAACAAAAAAAACUAACUCAAAAAUUUGUGAACAAAAAAAAAAAACAGUUUCAUUGUUUCCUUUUUUUUCUCUCUCUCUCUCUCUCUCUUUGUAAAAUGUACAGUUAAUCUUAAAUCCAAAAAAAUAAAGAUUUUUUUUCCCAAAUAUAAAUCAUAUAUAGUUGAACCACCAUUGUUAUAAGUAUUCUAAAUUUACCUAGUAAUAUUUUAUAGUCACUUAUGAAAAACAUAAAAUAAUUAUUAAUUAAUUGAAAACAAAAAUA